AUGGCCGGAGCCCCGUGCCAUCCCGACCCCGUCGCCUCGUCCCCGCCGUCGUCGACCCCAUCGCCGUCCUCCUCCUCGACCGCCUCCUUGCGGGACCUCGCGUCUUCGCCCUCUUCCCCGCCGGCCGCUAGCAAGCCUCGGCGCCCCCUCUCCCCAUCAACGCCGGUGAGGCCCCCCUGGCCUCUCCUCCUCUCUCUGCCAUCGCACACGACCGCGGCCAUCACGCCCCGGGCCGCGUCCAAGCUCGUCGCCCGCGUCGUCCCGCUGCCUCACGCUCUGGCCUUGCCCUCCUCGCCGCUGCUCCGCCCGGUCACCACGACCCCGUCCCGCCUGGCGUGUCACCUCGCGCGCUCGCGCCCGUGCUGUGGCCGGCUACCGUGUGCUGCUGCUCCUGCGGCUGCGCCGCCCCCGCUUCUCACGACCACCAGCGUGCCAUCACCCCCGCCUCACCCGCCUGCUCCCCUCGCCCGUGCUGGCCUCGCCCACGCCGGCCUGGUGACCUGCCAGUCCCCUUACCACUCCCCCACUCGCGCCCCCCCACUCUCCCUCUCCCCCGAUCCAAUCGGGAUCGGGCUCAAAUGUCAUCGCUGCCUGGAGCCAAAUCGCCGCCUGGAGCCACAUGGUCGGAGCCCCGUGCCACCCCGACCCCGUCGCCUCGUCUCUGCCGUCGUCGACCCCGUCACCGUCCUCCUCCUCGACCGCCUCCUCGUCGGACCUCGCAUCUUCGCCCUCUUCCCCGCCGGCCGCCAGCAAGCCUCGGCGCCACCUCUCCCCAUCAACGCCGGCGAGGCCCCCCCCCGGCCUCUCCUCCUCUCUCUGCCCUCGCACACGACCGCGGCCAUCACGCCCCGGGCCGCGUCCAAGCUCGUCGCCCGCGUCGUCCCGCUGCCUCGCACUCUGGCCUUGCCCUCCUCGCCGCUGCUCCGCCCGGUCACCGCGACCCCGUCCCGCCCGGCGUGUCACCUCGCGCGCUCGCGCCCGUGCUGUGGCCGGCUACCGCGUGCUGCUGCUCCUGCGGCUGCGCCGCCCCCGCUUCUCGCGACCACCACCAUGCCACCGCCCCCGUGUCACCCGCCUGCUCCCCUCGCCCGUGUUGGCCACGCCCACGCCGGCCUGGCGACCUGCCAGGAUAAGUACAAGGGACGUUGCUUCUACACGCCCGCUCUGCAUGGUGAAGAACUCACCCGCCGCAAUCUUCCGGGCCAUCUCGACUUCCUGGAGGGCGCUCUGGGCUUCGGCUCGCGCAUCCUGCGCGCUCUGGCGAGCCUUCAUCAGUUUGGACUCUUGCGCCUUACAAUCGCGCUCCAGGGCCUCAAAUCUCUCUAUCGUGCCCUGGAGCUGUUGCUGCGCCUCGCCAACCCGGGCCUCGUGCUUUUCGUGCAAAACACGCUCUUUGGCCGCUUUGUCCUCAGCCUCGGCUAG